UCUAGGCAAGCAGAGAGACUAUGGAGACCUAGGGAGGCGCGUGGAUAAUUAGAUAGGCGUGAUUCUCUGUGCGUGUGUUCUCUGCGUUUGCGCACACACGAGAGAGAGCGAGAGAGAGAGAGAGAGAGAGAGAGAGAGAGAGAGAGAGAGAGAGAGAGAGAGAGAGAGAGAGANGCGCACACACGAGAGAGAGAGAGAGAGAGAGAGAGAGAGAGAGAGAGAGAGAGAGAGAGAGAGAGAGAGAGAGAGAGAGAGAGACGGGGCCAGAGGACAAGCGGACAAACUCGUCAUCGAGGAAGGGAACUCAAGGGAUUCCCGACAUGGGUGACAACGGAGAAUCAAGUCAUUUACAGCGAGCACCCUGCAUAGCCAUUGAUUUGGGUACUUCCUCGUGUUCCGUGGGGGUGUGGCUUGAUGGCAGAGUGCAGAUCAUACCGAACGAAAAUGGUAAGUUAUCCACUCCAUCUUAUGUUGCAUUUACGGACACUCAGCGUUUGGUGGGAGAGCAAGCGCAGAAGCAGGCCCUGAGGAAACCAGAGAACGUGUUCUUUGAGGUCAAAAGGCUCAUUGGACGGCGAUGGAAAGAUAUAAGCGAUGAGUGGGUGAAAUCGUGGCCGUUCUCGGUGGGAAAAGCACAGGACUCAGGGGAACUGGGGUUGAGGGUGACGAGCGCUUUCCUGGAGCCGUUUCUUCAGCGUACUGAUCGUCUGCUCACCCCGCAGCAGACUGACGGUGCACGCAAUGGCUCUCAUCCUACCGGCGAUGGCAAGACGGUGGGGUUCCUCGCUCCGGAGGAGAUUACGGCUAUGUUGUUGGCGAAGAUGAAGGCUUGCGCGGAGAGCCAACUGUCCUGCGGCAAGCUGGAGCAAGCAGUCAUCACAGUGCCCACGUACUUCGACGAUCAUCAGAAAGACGCAACGAAGGUGGCGGCCGAGAUAGCAGGAUUCAAUGGGGUGCGACUGGUGCACGAGCCGACUGCGGCCGCAAUAGCCUAUGCUCAGCACAUGGGUUUGUUGUCGCUUGCUGGGCCUCGUGAGGGUUCGAGCAUCAGGAGUGGGCGUAAGUCGGCCAAGGAGACGACCAUAAUGGUCUUCGCUCUCGGCGGCGGAUGCUUGGAUGUGGCGCUGGUGAUCAUAAGCGAAGGGAGAGUGGGAGUGCGUGUCGCUGACGGCGACUCUAAGCUUGGCGGCGCGGACUUCGACAACGUGAUCGUCGAAAUAAUCGAGGAGCAGGCUAAGGGUACCUUUGGCGGGAAAGUGGAUACCAGCAGUCCUCGUCUUCGGCGAAAAAUGAAGGCGGCCAGCGAGAAGGCGAAGCAAGACCUCACCUUGCUGCGCGAGGCGACAAUAGAGAUCGACUCAGUUCGCGGCGACGACGAUCUCUCCUUCGUUCUAACACGGGAGGAAUUCGUGUCCAGCAGCGAGCAUCUGUUUCGCCGAUGCACGGAAGUUGUCCAGCAGGUCUUUCUCAAGGCGGAGAAAUUGGGAAUAACCAAGGAGGCGAUUGACGAGAUGGUGCUGGUGGGUGGAUCGACGCGAAUUCCAGAGCUCAGAGAGAGGUUGCACAAGGCUUUUGGAAAAGUGCCGCGACCUCACUCCCACCAGAACGAGGCCGUCGUGCACGGAGCUGCCCUGUACACCGUUUGUGCGCGCGAGAUCAUUGAAGAAAUCGAUCCGACGCUCGCGGUUAGUUCUGAGGGCGACGAGACUCCUGCCUCACUUCCGACGACGACUGAGGAUUCACGCGGCGAUAUGCGUUCACUGCUAGAUACUUUCAAGGAGCGCGCUAAACUGAUAGAGGAGUACGAAGAGGAUGCUCUCAAGCUGAGCGAGGCUAGGUUUCGGUCGGAGAAAUUCGUGGGUGAAGCGCUGAAGAGGAGCGCAGAGUAUCCGCCGUGGGUGCGGCGGAUCAUCGAAGGGGAAAUCCGAUGUACUACAGAGGGAAUGGACGGGGCGAUGAGCCUAGAAGAGCUUAACUCGCAGUACAAGCAAAUGGCAGACCUGUGCGAGUACGCGUUCGGCGCGAUGUGGAGCAAGUCAUUCUCGAGACGCAAAUUCUUCAUUGCGGAUCGAUGGAUAGGGUGUGACUGUGAACCUCCCGACGUCUGCGACCCCACACAGACGGGCUUGGGCAACCUGAGCAAAGCAAGCGGCUCACUGGUGGGUCCUGAUCUGUGCGACCUAGUCGUCGCACCACCCGUCAAGGAGCUGCUCAAGACCAAGAGAUCGAUCGAAGGUCUUGUCGACGGCGGGCGCAUCGAGAUUGCCGCACCGGGCGGCGUGCAUCCGAUUGACAACGAGACGAGUGCGUCGAGAGUCGCGGACGCACGUCGCACUGGGCGCAGGCUCCCCCUCACGGGUCCUGGAGCGCCCCCGCAAGUCAGGUACAAGGUCUCCGCAGAGAGUUUGAGGAAUCGCGGGAUCCUGUACACGAUAAUCGGAAGAGGGCCGAGCGGUUGGUCAGAAGACAUUCCUCAACAAGUAGCAGCUGCUUUGCGGACAGGGUUGCGUGUCAUCCUGUGCGUCGGAGGCGAGGAGGAGCAGGAGGCAAGCGCGGACGGCAAGCAGCUCAGCCACUCGGCGGGCGGCGCCAUCGGGACUGCCGGCGGAGCAGUCCUUGGCAGCACGUUGGCGAGGGAGAGAGAGAAAUGUAAAGAGCAGCUUGAACAGGUUCUCAGGGAGGUAGGAAAAACUUGGAGGAACGUUGUCGUAGCUUACCAGCCCUCAUGGGAGAGUCAAUUCGAGGGCGAGACCUCGAUCUCGGUGGAGGAGUUCAUGACGGCCGUGGUGGACGGGCACGUGGGCAUAAGGGAGACGCUGAGGAAGAAUGCCAACCGCGAUGUGGCGGAGUCAACGCGGAUCAUCUUUGGCACUUACCCCUUGGAUAGGAUAGGGACUAUCUGGGACGCCCUUUCGAGGCAGAAGGAGAUUGACGGCUUUCUUCUCGAUAGCGGAUUCAGGAGGUCGGAGAUCGUGCACAAGAUCCUUAGGAGGAGAUGGAAAGCAGAGGAAAGCUUCCUCCUCCUCGGCGUUCCCGAGACCCAGGAGGAUGUAGAAACAGGUAACCUGCUAUCGUUGCUGGACAAGGGCGGAGCCAAUCUUCUUGGAUGUGGUGAUGAAUACACACAUCAGCCUUGGUGGUGUUCUCUCGUGGCUUUCCCCACGACAAUAGACAAAAAGCACUGGGUUCGUCCCGAUCAUGUGCCUAUUUUCGAUAAGCACGAUCUGAUCGCGACAAUGAAUAAGCUGUCUCGUCCAGAUCCAGCACCCUCCCCCUCCGCUUCCCCCCCAAGCGCACCCCACCUCAGCCCCCGAACCCCAGAACCACCUCCCGGAACCCCCCGCGCUCUCUUCGACCUCGUCUCCAGAACCUGUCCCGAGCAGGAUACCUAUUCCUUCCCCCUCGAAGGGAGAGUGAUUAUCAACCUCCGCGAGAGAGAUAAGGACAGAAAGAAGCGACCUACAGCGGACACGAUAGCGGCGUGGAUGGCAGAGCUCGACAAGAUCAUCCGAGGGGACGAAUGGCGUCGCUUCGUAAUUGCGUACACGCCCGAGUGGGCAACCGGGUCCGAUUCCGAAGUCCGGCCCGAUCCGGAAGCGAAGCUGUACCAAGACGUGGAGGGUGCGCAUAGCGAGAUCCGCAGCUUGAUUGCACGAAACAAGAAUUACGCAACGGCAGACCAGGUGGCGAUCGUCUGUGAGAUCGAUGGGGCUAGCAGCAUGGAAACGUUGCGGCGCAUCGCGGUAAUGCCGAAUGUGGACGGGCUGAUGCUGGGAUCGUCACUCGUGAAGAAGCUUGCUAAUGUAUGAUCAAGGGCUCAGCGAGGAUGGCCAAGCAACGUCCAUGAAGGCGAGAGCUAAUGCAAGGAGUAGGGCUCUGUGCGGAGCCGACGAGUCGCUCAGGUUUUGCGAUCUCCCGAUGCCCAUAGCGAUAAUUGCAUAAUCUGAUUAUUAUCUUUCUUCUCUUUUCCUCAAUUUGAUUUUAUCUUUCUUCUCUUUUCCUGAAUUUGAUUUUAUCUUUCUUCUCUUUUUCUCAAUUCGACGACAGUCACUCCGAAGCCGAAUAAAAGCCGGGAUUUCCCCCCUCCGUGUACGGGGGAAUGGGCAACCCUCGUGGCCGUACAAGGAUGGCGGUUGAUGAGGACAACGGGCAACCGAGCGUCGGACGUCAGCGGUAUCGUCCAGCUUUGCGUGUAUUUUCUGCGGGGGUUCCGUGUUAGCGGUGCUGUCCAAUAAUAUAUAGUCUUCAUUCUUUCAGUAAUUGUGUUGUGGAUGUUAGGAGGAUAAGAUCCGUACCAAUUGUUAAUGGUACGUUUGGCGGACGGCAAGGCGUGUUCCAGACCGUCGUCUCGAAAUCAAGUUGGUGUUUGUGUGCUUUUCUCUGCUUUUUUUUAUUUUGGGGUGGGGAAGAGGUAAAAUUAUUCUUUUCGAUUCUAUGUCAACCGUUCCCUUCCCUCCCACUUCCUCAGGGGAUUUGAUUUCUAUUUCUACGUGCUGUCGUGGUCGUUAUUGGCGCUGGCAAUACUUAGGCGCAGAGGAUUCUCUGGCGAUAGGGUGACCUGUAUUUCAGACUUGAUUGACGGCAGAGUUCUGAUUGUUGUCGGUCUUCUGCAGGUUCUUUUUUCUCCUUCUCUCCUCGGGGCGUACUCACACUAGUACUUUCUUAAAUGUCUCUGACCGCAUUUAUGGUCUUACUUGUCUCAAUUGUCUGCAUCUGACCCCGACUCCGUCCAGAAAUAAGUUAAAAAGGUGCUAGUGUGAGUAUGCCCUCAAAUGGUUCUCGAUCUCCGAUGGAUGGAGCGGUUGACCUCUCCUGCCUGUUUGAUAAAUGGCUUCACCGCCU